AUGACCUUUACUCAGGCAAGGACAAAAUGCAAUCAGUAUGGGUCCUAUUUGAGCUACCCGAGAAAUGAUGAUGAUGGGAUUAAGCUGAGAGGUCUUUUGAACGAAGGUAGACAUGCAAGCUGGAUAGGUGCUGAUGAUAUAGAAAAAGAGGGAACAUGGAGGAAUGUGAAGGGCGAAGACCUAACUUAUCUUCCCUGGUCCGCGGGUCAGCCGGACAAUAUGAGGAACCAGGAUUGUGCGUGGCUUGGAAUAAAUAGAAAUACGAUGAAGUGGGAUGAUCGAGAUUGUGGAAAUCAACUGAAUUAUGCUGUCUGUCAUAAAAGCAAGAUCACUGAAGGAAUCAAGAUCACAAGUAGAAAAUGA